ACUUGACUACUACUACCACCAAAAUUUUCCAUUGAUCUUUCAUUUGCACACUUCUUCUGCUUCCUUUGUAAUCUAACAAUGGCGGCAUUGUGCAAGAGAAAUCCAAAGAGUUUAAUUUUCAGUUCAGUUAUGUGCUUUCUAAUACAAAUAACAGCUCUAAAUGGACAACUUAGAGUUGGAUUUUAUUCACAAAGAUGCCAUAACGCAGAAUCCAUUGUUAGCUCUGUCGUAAAAGAAGCUUCCCAAAGAGAACCAAGAAUGCCAGCCAUGUUACUUAGACUCCAUUUCCAUGAUUGCUUUGUUCAGGGUUGUGAUGGAUCAAUUUUGAUUGAUAAUGUGAAAGAACCUGAAAGAAAUGCAUUUGGUCACGAAGGCCUGGGGGGAUUUGAAGAGAUCCAGAAAGCCAAAACUCAAUUGGAAGGUCAAUGCCCAGGGGUGGUAUCGUGUGCAGAUAUUGUUGCUUUAGCUGCUAGAGACGCUGUCGUCUUGGCUGGUGGACCAUUUUAUGAAGUUGAGACAGGUAGAAGAGAUGGUAGAGUAUCCGAUUUGUCUCUUGCAGCUGCAAUGCCGGAUGUGGAUGACUCAAUUGAUGUUUUAAAAGGAAAAUUCAAAAAUAAAGGCUUUACUGAAAAAGAACUCGUCAUUUUGAGUGGGGCACAUACAAUUGGCACAACAGCUUGUUUUUUCAUGCCUCGAAGAUUAUACAAUUUCACUGGAAGAUCAGAUGCAGAUCCAAGUAUUAAUUCUAAGUUCCUCCCAGAGUUAAGAAGCAAAUGCCCCAAAAAUGGAAACAUAAAUUUCAGAAUACCUCUUGAUAACGCAAGCGAACGAAAAUUUGACGAUCAGAUUUUGCACAACAUAAAGAAUGGUUUCGCAGUUAUAGCAUCGGAUGCAAGGCUUUAUGACGACAAAAUUACGCGAGCAGUGAUCGAUUCUUAUCUUCAGAGAAAUAAAUCAAUUCGUAAUUCACCAUCAUUUGCAUCGGAUUUUGGUUUAACCAUGAUAAAGUUAGGAAGGCUUGAUGUCAAGACUGGAUUAGUAGGAGAGAUUAGAAAGGUUUGUAAUUCUUUUAAUAAAAUGUAAUAACAUUUAUAUUGAGAUAUAAUAUUACUUAAUUAGUGUACGUGUUUGUUGUCCUCGAGAAGAAUAAAAUCAUGUGAUGUUUCCCUA